AUGGGUGUGCUUGAGUGUUGGGUAAUGUGGGUUCAUGGCUUCAGUUGUUAUAUGGGUAUCAAGUGGGUAUCAGUUGUUAUAUGGCUUUCUUGGGCUGUACUGAUUUUUGUGUUUUCGAUUGAAAAUUUUGGUGAAAAUAUUACAGGUCUGAGUGGUGGGCCUGGUGGAUUGGUGUUGAGGGAUAUUGGACAUGAGUAUGCUGGUGGGGACAUGCUUGAGCCAAGGGAAGCUGAUAUACCUGCACUGUUCUUGGUUUUCGUUGUGCUUCCUUUGCUUGCUUAUGUUUUACUUGGAAAAUGGAGUGAUGCAUCUAAGAAGAGAGAGCGGGUGAGUUUGCUUGCUCAACUCGCAUCAGAAGAAGCUUUUAGAGCAGAAGCAAUGGCUGUGGCUGAUGUUAUUCCUCCGGUUUCGUCUGUAAAGAAUAAUGUUCAUGCAUGUGCUAGAUGCUCUAGGACAGCCACUACCCGCUGCUCUAGAUGCAAAUCUGUCAGAUAUUGUUCUGGGAAGUGUCAAAUAAUGCAUUGGAGGGAAGUUCACAGGCAAACAUGCAUGCAGUUGGAACCUAGUAGUGCAACCUCAUCUCCUAUGGCUGUCUCAUAUGGAGAUUCUUUUCAUAAUGACAUCAUUAAUUCACAGUACUUUGGGUGUGGUAUGGAGCAGAUUUAUGUAGAGGAAGCACCAACUGAAAAUAUAAUUUAUUCUCCAAUUUACACUGGUAUCCCGAAUAUGGUUCAGUGCGCUUCAGUUGACCCCUCUCACAUUUCCAUGCUGGAGAAAAGAACUGUGGACAAGAAGGUUUCCCGAAAAUCCAAAACCGAACUCUUGAGGAAAAAGGAUGGAUUAGCAUUUGAUCCUUCUGAAGAAACAUUUGGUGAUUGGACUACCCACUCAACCUUUUCUAACGUUGCAUCAAAAGAGGUUUCUAUGGAGCAUAAGCCAUCAAAUAUGGAUUCUGUCUUGUCAGAUGCUGAAACUCUGAAGAAAUACCAUGCCGAUAUUUCUGAUACUUAUAUUAAUGGACAAGAUACUUCAGGACAUACAGUACUUGAGAAUGAUAAGUUUCAAGGACAAGAUGGUAACAUAUUUGAAUCAAGAAGCAACUCUGGAUUAACUAGCUCAUCAUAUUAUUCUUCAAAAAGUGGAGAAGAUGUGCAUGAAGUGGGGUCGGACUUCGUUUCCGAGGGAGAACAUUCUCUUCAAGGAGAAAAAAGUUCCAAGGAUGAAAAGGCAGAGUUCAAAAGUUCUGAAAUUGCUGCAGUAAAGGGAAGUGUGAAGGCUAAACGAGCUCCAUAUUCUCUCGGGACAAAGGUGCCUAAAUUGUCAAAAUCAACAGUCAAAGACUCUUUGAAGCAGUAUUGCUCUGAGAUAGAGAGGCAGGGAAAGAUUACUGAUGAUUCAAAAGUAGCUAGAAUGAAAGAGACAACUUCACAGGGAAGCAAUGGAAUGACAAACAUAAAGAUUAUGAAGAUGAUGGGUCUAAAGAAGCCAAAAAACAUUACCAGACAGGGUGUCCCUGAAGUCAGUGGUUAUCGACACAAAACUAAGAAGGUCCUGUUUCCCUAUGACGAGUUUGUGAAGUACUUUCAAUGUGAAAUCUUUGACUUAACACCUCGGGGGCUUUUAAAUUGUGGUAACAGUUGCUAUGCAAAUGCUGUCUUGCAGUGCUUAACUUGCACGAAGCCACUCAUUAUCUAUUUGCUUCGCCGAUCACAUUCGAGAGCCUGUUGUGGCAAAGAUUGGUGUCUCAUGUGUGAACUAGAGCAACAUGUGACGAUGUUACGAGAAAGUGGGGGUGCUCUUUCUCCUCGCCAGAUUCUUUUUCACAUGAGGAGUAUUAAUUGCCAAAUUGGUGAUGGAAGUCAGGAAGAUGCUCAUGAAUUUUUAAGGCUACUAGUUGCAUCAAUGCAAUCUAUAUGCUUGGAGGGAAUGGGUGGUGAAAAUAGGGUUGAUCCAAGAUUGCAAGAAACAACUUUUAUACAACACACCUUUGGUGGGAAUCUCAGAUCCAAGGUUAAGUGUUUGAGAUGUCAUCAUGAGUCUGAACGAUAUGAAAACAUCAUGGAUCUUACAUUAGAAAUUUAUGGUUGGGUUGAGUCACUUGAAGAUGCGCUGACUCAGUUUACGACACCUGAAGAUUUAGAUGGUGAAAAUAUGUAUAGAUGUGGAAGGUGUGCUGCAUAUGUUCGAGCCAGGAAGCAAUUGAGCAUACAUGAGGCACCAAAUAUCCUGACAAUUGUCUUGAAGAGGUUUCAGGAAGGAAGAUAUGGGAAGAUAAACAAGUGCAUCACAUUUCCGGAGAUGCUGGAUAUGAUUCCAUUCAUGACCGGAACGGGUGACAUUCCUCCACUUUACUUGCUAUAUGCUGUUGUGGUGCAUUUGGAUACACAAAAUGCCUCUUUCUCUGGACAUUAUAUAGCAUAUGUGAAAGACAUGCGAGGCAACUGGUUCAGGAUAGAUGACACUGAGGUUCAGCCCGUGUCAAUGGGCCAGGUUAUGAUGGAAGGGGCAUAUAUUUUAUUCUAUAUGAGGUCUUGCCCUCGCCCUCAAAGAGGAUUUGGAGGAAAAACUAUCAGGCAGCAAGUUCCAAAUUUUGAAAAUGGUUCUUUGCCAAAAGCUCAGAGGCCAAAGCCAAGCCAAAGCAUUCCCAGCAGCCAAUAUGUUAGCCCAGAGCAUUUACCUGGUUUUAUCAGGUCAGAAACUGCAAAUGGCAUUGCAAACAGCACUUGCAGUGACAUCCUUAGGAGUUAUAAUGGGAAUGUUUUUCCAACGGAGGAAAGUCAGAAAACAUAUGUUGACCCCACAAGCAUGGAAUUCUCAGAUGCUACAUCUAGCGAUUGGUCCCUUUUCACAAGUUCCGAUGAGGCUUCUUUCACAACUGAGAGCACUAGAGACUCUUUCAGUACUGUUGAUCAUGCUGAUGCUGGCAACAUGGAUCCAAUCUCAUCAAUUUUCAACAUCUUGUAUGCGCCAGAAUACUCUCACAGUUCUGUUGCCUGUAGAAAGUUUUCAAAUAGUAGGCUUCAUUAGCUUUGUUUCUCCAGAGUAGGGUCUUAAUUAGUUCAAUCUGUACUUGUCACCAUCCAAUUGACUGAGUACAGAAAUGGAACUAUUCAAAACAGGUCAGCGAUUCUUCAACUGCAGAUGCUUUUAGAGUUUUAGUUGAUGCAGCAUACCUGUAAGAUAUGGGAGUAACCCAUUACAGUCUUGAGUCUUGACCGAACUUCUGAUCAUUGUAAACUCUAGUAGAUG